AUGCCGAAUGGAAAGGAUUAUUACCAGUAUAUCCCUCAGUACAAUAUCCAGGAUUGCAUAGAUAACGGAGUAGAUGCGCAAAACUCAACCACGCAUCCAGUUUAUAAGAAUAUUCCCUACUAUAAUAACGAGAUUAAGUCACUAAUGGACAAGACGGAGAGCUAUUCCGAGAGCGUAGAUGACCUGUAUUUCAAGGAUAAGUGCCAAAACAGCGUAAACCUCGACUCGAACCUGAUUUACAACGACGGAUACCCCUCGUACCGCAUGGUCAACACACCGAAUCCACGCGUCGUCGAAGUAACGAAUAAAACGCCAAGCUCGUCAAGCGCCUCGUGCGCUGGAACGCCCAGAAACGAUAACACAGUGGCCUCGGAAAUUGCAAAAUUCACCGAGGCGAUAAGAGAUCUGACAUCACGACUGCCAGCGCCGCCGAGCUCGGACCUUCUGCGCUCAGUUCAUCCGACGCUGGCAGUAAAAUUGCAGUUGACGUAUUUGAAGGCGUACAUUCAGAAUCAGCAGCUGUUGUUGGACCUUAAGUCGAAGCUGGACGCGGGGUACGGAGGAAGCGACUACGCCAAGUACUCCGCCAACGCGGUGUUCGAGCCCGAGUUCUAUAGCAGCGGAGACCAGCGCCCAGUCGUGGAGCUGCGAAUGCCGUACCCGCAGCUGGCCAGCCCCGCCCUGACCUCGGACCCGAACAUGUGCAACGGCCAGAUGAACUACGCGUACGACGUCGAGCCGGUCGACUACGCCCAGAACGCGCAGUUCGGUCAGAUUAACUGCCCACAGCUCACCAACUAUCCGAACUUCUACUACCCUCUCGUCCAGCAGCCCAACUACGCUCUUCCUCAGCUGGCGAACGAGCCCAAGACCAACUACCCGCAACUCACGGACUACCCACAGAUCAGCGACGCACAGAGCUACCAGUACGCAAACGGGAACGGGGCCUACGAGAAGAAGAACUUUGAGUCGAAGUACAGCAAGAGGGCGAAGCGCGACGACAGGCCCGUGGAGAACCCUGCCCUUCUGCUGCCCGACGACUACAAGGACCGCGUCAAGUACAACAGCGCGAAGAACUCGUUCGUCUCAGUCUACUACAACGCGCUGGGGAUCCGCAAGAGGAAGUCCUUCUCGAUAAACAAGUUCGGAACGCACAACGCCCUGAAGCUGGCCAUGGACUUUUCGAAUCAGCCGUACCUGAAGACGAGCAAGAGCACCCUGAACCGCCUGAGCGGCGCCUCAGACGCGCGGGCUGCCGAGUCGGAGAACGAGACCAUCACGCUCGCGCACAAGGAGCGCGUGCUCGUCAAGAAGGUCUGCGAGCACGCGCUGAGCGUGAGCCCGAAGAUCUGCGAGGACUUUGAGCUCUUCGAGCUCGCCCUCUCCAUGGACCGGGUGCGUGGCCUCGUGUACAGCCUCGGCGCAAACCUGUGGAUGUGCAUCUACUACAAGGACUCGCGGCGCCACUUCCAGUGCUACAAGGUGGAGGAGCACGGCUUCGUCAUGAGCUACCAGCUGGGCAGGUCCUUCUUCGAAAAGAACCCGAAGAUCACGCGCUCGAAGCUCUCAGGCGUCCUCUCCUACUGGAUCGACCCGGUGCCCACGAAGACGCUCGUGAUCAUCUUCAAGGUGGGCACCAACUUGCUCAUCGACUUCAGCAUCGAGGACAGGAACACGAUCUUGGUCAAGGCCGCGCCUCCGAGGGGCACGGGCAGCAGGAACGGCUCCGCCGCGUCCUCGCGGUCCAAGGCCCAAAAGCUCAGCUCCGACUCCCAGAUUUACGUCGGCCGCUUCGAGCUGGAGGUGUACGGCGGCUUCCUGCAGGCCAAGAAGGCUUCCCAGGACUGGUUUUCUCACGUCAAAAGCUCCCACUUCAGCGGGAACAUGGACUGGAGCCGCAGGUACAAGACCGCCACUGAGAACGGCGAGAACUUCAUCGUGGACAACACCAUCGACCAGGGCUCUGCGAUAUACAGGCUCGGCUUCAUGUACUACGACCACUCCAACAAGAUGUGGGUCGUCGUGAACAAGAGUCAUCACAUGUUGUUUUCCGCCGACGAGCUCGGCCACCGCGAGUCCAAGAAGCAGGCUCUGACCCUCAGACAGCAGCACAUUGUGACUUCUAAAAUUAACUCCAUGUAA